AUGCCUGAGCCACGACCAACGUCCCGCGCGCGGGCGUCCAAGGUGACACCGUACGCCCGCCCUCCGCCACGCACCGCGCUACCGUCGAUUGCGAAACAGACGUCGCCGUCCGGUGUCGUCCGGGCGCUGCUUGGGGACACGAGCUCGAUAGAGGCCCGCCUCGAUGAGCUCCAAGCCGACUUGCAGUCCUCGUUUGCCCACCACGCGACGCGCAUGAACCGCCUCCAGCAACAGCGCGGCAUCAACACCAAGCGCAUUCUGCAGCAGCGGAACGUGAGGCCGACGCUCGCGCACCUCGAGCGAGCACCGCUUGGGGACGAGACCCUCUUGUGCCCGAGCUGCCACGCCUUUUGGAGGCGCGACGAUAUCCUUCCACUGCCGUCGCCAUGGGCCGAGUGCCGGAUCAGCGCGAGCCAGAACCACUUUUGCCACGGCGCAUCACACGAGAUUCGAACGUCGCCGCCGCCAGGAACCCCGCAUGUCGCCACGAUCGUGUUUCAAUAUUACGGCACGACGCAACAAGUGUGCCAAUGCCCCGUCGUCGCAGCGCUGCCCAAAGCACGAUCGUCCAUGGACCACCUGCCCGGUAGCAAGGAGGCCGUGGCUGCGCAGGCGGCGGCGCGGGGGUGCAUCUUGCUCUUCUGUGGUCGCCCGGGGGCGUUUGUGGCCGCGGGUGAGGCCCAUGAUGACAAGCUCCGUGGAUUCCUUCCAGGCUUCGCGAUCGGCGGCAAAUACAAAAAAACGCACCGCCGCCUGCGCAGCUACAACCCGGCGAGCGAAUGGAGUGAUUUCGCGCAGCACACGUGA